UCUGUUAUCCAGGCCACCUGGAAUGGAAUCAUUCUUUCAUCUACAACAUAAGAAAGAAUUUUGGUUUUGCUUCUGCUUCAAAUAAGUCUGGAUGCUUUGUCUUGUCUUUCCAACCUCCAUCUCUCUUCUUUGGGAUUGUUACUCAAAAUGCAGAAUAGUCCCAAAGGGCUUGUGCUGUGUUUAGUUCUAAUAUUUUUUUUUUCUUGACUUCCUUUUUGCGAGAAAUUCCUUAAGUGCUUUGUUAUUUCACUAUACCUCCAUGGCUGUAAUCCUUUGAGGAAAACGAACAUUAGUUUUUUGUGAAUAUUUGAAUACAAGAUUGAGGUUUAUAUCAGCAAGUUUAAGUCUGUGGCACAGCUAAGAUUGGCACACAUCUAAGACGAUUUGGAUUCUACACACAACUCCUCCCGUACAAGAGUUGUGGCUGCAUGACCAUCGUGAUAGAAUGUUGAACAAAUUGAGAAGCCAUAGGUUCUAAUUUUUAUUUGGGAAAUGGAUUCAGCCUUACAGCAAUGAUAUAUACAGAUUUACCAACAGCAUGAAUCAAGAAAAGUUAGCCAAACUUCAAGCUCAGGUCCGGAUAGGGGGCAAGGGUACAGCUCGCAGAAAGAAGAAGGUGGUACACAGGACAGCUACUGCUGAUGACAAAAAGCUUCAGAGUUCUCUAAAGAAACUGGCUGUGAACAAUAUAGCUGGUAUUGAAGAGGUGAAUAUGAUUAAAGAUGAUGGAACAGUUAUUCAUUUCAACAACCCUAAAGUCCAAGCUUCCCUCUCCGCUAACACCUUUGCAAUUACUGGUCAUGCAGAAGCCAAACCAAUCACAGAAAUGCUUCCUGGAAUAUUAAGUCAGCUUGGUGCUGACAGCUUAACAAGUCUUAGAAAGUUAGCUGAACAGUUCCCACGACAAGUAUUGGAUAGUAAAGCACCAAAACCAGAAGACAUUGAUGAAGAGGAUGAUGAUGUUCCAGAUCUUGUAGAAAAUUUUGAUGAAGCAUCGAAAAAUGAAGCUAACUAAAAUCCUCUGGGUUCUGAAGCUGGCAUGGACUAGAUUUAACAAUCAGCUCUGUUGUUCCAAAGUUUUACAGACACGGAGAACAUCACCUGUUACUAGUGCAGUAAUAUAAAUAUUUUGUAUAUUAAUAAUGCUGUUUGUUCAGCAUUUUUUGGUCAUUUGAUUUUGCAUUUUGCACUUCUUCCCAGGAUCUAUUCUUUUGGUCAAAAUAUGAAGUAUUGGUAUAGUUUGAGGGUGUUUUUUUGGUUUUGGGGGAACUUUUGGUGUGUAUGUAUAUGUAUGUAUGGGUAUGUGUGUCCACAGUGCACAGCAAAUUGGAUAACAGUUAUAUCUAUCUUCUUCCUUCCCUAGUAGAAAUAAAACAAAUCUUUACACUUGUUA